AUGACAGCGAUCAGAAUGGUUUCAUCAGUGCUGCUGCUGGUGCUGAUGCAGUCCGGAGCUCUUUGCGCACGGAGGUUCCGGGGUGGCCGCAACCCACAACCACGACGCGCACCACCUCCUCCCACAUACCGGGCGGACCGGGGUGAUACCACGGAGAGCUUCCCUCUGGAUUUCACCGCGGUGGAGGAGAACAUGGAUAACUUCAUGACGCAAGUCAAGAACCUGGCGCAGUCCCUCUACCCGUGCUCGGCGCAGAAGCUUGACUACGACAUGAAGCUGAACUUUUUGGAGAAUACAUCUGUCACCUGCAACGACGGAAGUCCCGCGGGGUACUACCUAAAAGAAUCUCGAGGCAGCAGACGGUGGUUGAUAUUCUUAGAGGGCGGCUGGUACUGCUUCAACAAGGAGAACUGUGACAGUCGAUAUGAGACUAUGAGGAGAUUGAUGAGCUCCUCCAAGUGGGCCCAAACUAAAACAGGCACGGGGAUCCUGUCUCCAUUGCCUGAGGAGAACCCUCAUUGGUGGAAUGCCAACAUGGUGUUUAUUCCGUACUGCUCCAGCGAUGUGUGGAGUGGCGCUACAGCCAAAACAGAGCAAAAUGGUUAUGCCUUUAUGGGCUCACUGAUUAUUCAGGAGGUUGUGAAGGACCUGCUAACCAAAGGGCUGGACAAUGCGAAGGUCCUCCUCUUAGCCGGAAGCAGCGCGGGCGGUACUGGGGUUCUUCUGAAUGUGGAUCGUGUAGCAGAGCUGCUGGAGGGACUGGGGCACACUGGGAUACAAGUGCGAGGUCUUUCUGAUUCUGGCUGGUUCCUCGACAACAAGCAGUACCACUGCACUGACUGUGUGGACACUGUCAGCUGUGCCCCCACUGAGACCAUCAAAAGAGGCAUCAAGUACUGGGGAGGAGUGGUACCAGACAAAUGCAAGCAAACACACGAAGGGGAGGAGUGGAACUGUUUUUUUGGAUAUAGAGUAUUCCCAUCAAUAAAAAGCCCUGUAUUUGUGGUCCAGUGGCUAUUUGAUGAGGCCCAGUUGACAGUGGACAACAUCCAGCUAACAGGGCAGCCUGUGCAAGAAGGCCAGUGGCGCUACAUCCAAAACCUGGGCAUUGAGCUGAGGAACACACUCAAAGAUGUCCCGGCCAUGUUUGCUCCAGCAUGUCUAUCUCAUGAAGUUAUCACCAGGAACUACUGGAUUGACGUGCAGGUUAAAGGCACCUCCUUGCCCCGAGCGCUGCACUGCUGGGACCGCAGCCUCCAUGACAACAGGAACAACAAAGCGCCACCCAAAGGCUGUCCUGUGCAUCUCAUUGACAGCUGCCCGUGGCCACACUGCAACCCCACCUGCCCGACCAUCCGAGAUCAGUUCACAGGACAAGAGAUGAACGUCAUUCAGUUCCUCAUGCACAUGGGCUUUGACGUACAGAAAAUGGCCCAGCAGCAGGGUAUGGACCCCAGCAAGCUACUGGGCAUGCUCAGCAGCGGCAGCUAAAGGGACACACAUACACACAGUAUCUCCAAGCUAAAACCAAGCAGAGUUGGCUGGUCUCUCUGGCCAGUCUCCUAUGCCUGAUACCUCCAUAUACAUAUCUCACUUCACAAUCCAUUCUACCUAAAAUCCUAUCCUCUCGGACCUCCUGUUUACUGUUUCAUUUUGCUCCACAACCCUUACAACCGGUGACACAUACAGGGGCAACACGCCACCAUGAAAAGGCACAACCUUCUGCUACGCUCCAUUUUAAUGAUCUUUUGCUUUGUAAAAGAAAAAAAAAAUAUCAUGAAUGUAAUCCAGUUUUAAGGAUGCUCAUUGAUGUUUAGUUUUUUAUUUUCAUCCUCAUUUUAUAUUGAGUCAUUGUUUUUAAAAAAAAGCCACAAUGUUGGGAUAUAACGUAAGGAUGCUGUCUUUGUUAAGUAGUCACUAUAGAGUAUAUAAAGUACAACUUUGUCCAGUUUUUUUAAAAAAAAUGGUUUGAUAGAAAUCACAAAUAUAACCUACAUCAAGGCAGAAACAUAGAAAUGUGAUAAGAGGAGAAACACACUGGACCAGGAAGGAAACUUUUUUUUCUAUUUACCUCUAAAACAAAAGCAAGCUUAGACACCAAUACUUCAAUACACUUGAAUGAUAAAGAUAUGCCAAUUGGACUAACACUGUAAUUAAAGGUUCAAUUCUUUGCUAAAGAAAGUAGUUAAAAUGAAAAAUAGUGAGACAGUCAGAUAAUGCUCUACAGUUUGAUGAUGUGAUCACAGAAAGGACCCCUGUUGAGGCAACUCAUUCCUGAAAGUGUUCAAAUUUGGCAUCAUUUUUUUUUUUAGUUUUGAAAGCUGUCUUGAUGUCCAGUCUAGUUGUGUUCAGAAACUGAUUGCGGUGCUAAAGUGGACCUGGAAACACUUUAUCAAUAACUGCACAUACACCACAGUGCCAUUACAUCUAGUCUAUACCUCUUUCUCACAGGCCACGCCAUCAUCAGAGGACUGUUCAAACCUGAUCGAAGGGUACACAUUCAUGUUAGGUCACCUCAGUCGUCCAGCAAUCCUCAAAUCAAUGCAAUGAACAUUUAAAGGGAGACAAAAAAAAACAACAAAAACAAAUAAAAAAAAACAUGUAUUGUAUAUUUUUUGAGUAUUUGUAUAGGUUCUUUCAAGUGUUCACUAUUGUAACUCCCUUCUUAUAUUUCAUAGAUUACUUUUUAAUAUAAUGACAAUGUUGUAUGUAAUGAUGUCUUUAUAAAUGAUGUUUUUAAAGGACCUCUAUUUCGCAUCACACCAGAAAAGGAAAAGUAUUACUAAUUGUAAGUUUAUUCUGUAACAUAUUUUUUAACAGAAAAAAAAAAACAAACUCAAGCUACAUUGGUAAUUUACAUAUUUAUUUUGUUAUGUAAAUCAUAUUUAUAAGUGCUUUUUUCACAGAGAAGUGAUUCUUUGUAAAUUGUAAAUACAUUGCUGUUUUACUCUUUGUGUUGAUUGCAUGUCUUUGUACCCAAAAGAAAAGACACAUUACAUAUACGACAAGGUAAA